UCUCUCUCUCUCUCUCUGUUUCUGUCUCUAGAUAUUUCCCUCUCCUUCAAUUCUCAGACGUUUUCUCUGCGAUAAAAGGUCGGUUCUCUGCCUUUUUCCCACCUGGGUUUUGUCUUUGGAGACUGAAUUAAUGGGUUCGAGUCAGUUUUUCCACGAAAGAGUCGGUCUUGCUAUAUGGUUCUUUCUGUGAGAAAUCAAAACGCAGGGCAUUUUCCAUUGUUUUUCAUUUUCUUUGGUUUUUCUGAGGUGGGUUUUGUUGUAUAAGAUUUUGGGUGUUGGAUUUUGUCGUGAAUUCGGCGGAAGACUGGUUUUUGGAAGUGGGUUUUGUUUUAGGGGUUUGGAGGUGUGGGAUUUCAUCGUGAGUUGUAAGAAAGAUCGGUUUCUGUUUGAAUGUUGCAAUCCUGUGAUUUAUUUCGAUUUUCGAAGUGGGUUUUAUUGCGUGAUUGUAAUCUGGGGAUUCUGUAUUGAAUUUUAUGGCAGGAUUGGUUUUGGAAGUGGGAUAUGUUUUAGGAGAAUGAGAAUAGUGGAAUUUGCUUGAAUUCCACAAGAAGACGCUUUUUUUUUUUAACUCACUCUUCUAUUUCUUUUUCUGAAUUGGGUUUUAGUUUUGGGUAAUUGGUGAUUGGAUUUUGCCAUGAUAUAGGGUGAAAAGAGCAGUUCUUGUAUUUAUUUCUUUUAGGAGAUUAGAGAAGCGGGACAUGAUUGUGUUUUCGGCCAAAGGCUUGGAUUUGCAAGGUAUGCUGGUUUAGGUGAUUGUAGUCGUGGGAUUUUUCUUUGAUUUUGACAAAAGGAACUGUUUUUCCAUUUGGUUUUGUUCUGUGGGAUUGGAGGAAUGGAGUGACACUAGGAUUUCCGCAAAAGGAUCCAGUUUUGUAAGUGGAUUUUAUUUUACGAGAUUGAAGGGAGAGGAUGAAGGGAGGAAAAGAUGAGGACAAGGUGAUGGGCCCCUUGUUUCCUAGGCUUCACGUAAGUGAUGCAGAUAAGGGGGGGCCAAGGGCACCUCCAAGGAACAAGAUGGCUCUUUAUGAACAGCUCAGCAUCCCUUCCCAGCGGUCGAAUUCUGCAGGGUCAUUAGGACUGCCUCCAAAGCAUCGCAUCACCAGCAAACCGGUUGGUUCCUUCAGCAUCAUCAAGUCAUGUCGGUUUGAGAAUUUCUAUGAUUUUUUCCUUUGUUACGCAGGUGGUGGUCAUGAAAGGAGUAUGUUUUCUCCAUUUUACAUCCCUUCUCCCAUACCUGCCCAUUCUACUGAGAAGGUUCUCCCCCGUUCUUCUUUUUCUGAUGUGUUGAAUUCAAAUGCCAAGAGGAUGGAGCUUGAGGGGAAUUCUAUUAAAAGUGCGAGUUAUAGAGCGUUGAGCAUUAGAGGGCAUUUCUUGUCAACUGCUGAAUCCAGUUCAAUCCGAUCAGAUGGCUUCUCCAAUUCAAAGAAUUUUUGCAGGAAGAAAGUCAGAGAUGAGGAUGACUUCAGAGUUCCUACCAAUGGCCACUUAGGGACAGCCCCAAAUUCUAGUAAGGAUCAACAGAGUGGAGGUAGAGAAAGAACAACUCACUUUACGAUGUAUCCAGGUCAUUUGACAGUUACUGCCACAAACAGCCCACAGAAAAGCGCACCAGCUACUUGCAAUUCUUCUUUCCACCUCCAUAACACUCUCAAUAUGCCCCUGAAACGAACUGACACCACAGACCUAAAGUUAAGACAGCAUGGAAGACACCAAAUUGAGCAAAAAAGAAGAGAAACUAUAGCAACUAAAGACUACAUGGAGAAGUCCGCAUCGACUGGAGAAAAGAAUGCAGAACCCUCCAAGCAUGCGCCGAUAUCUUUGAAUCCAGAGCACUGUGGUUCUGUAAAUGAAAAUGAUAAUGCAUGGUUAUUACAAGAAGCUAGUGCUAGAUUGCUGCCAAAAAACAUCUGUGGUCGAGGUGUUUCUGUUGAGCCAAGGUGCUUUGCUGUAAAUGCUGUUUCAGAACAGGGAAAUGUUUCAAAGUUUCGGAGCGACUCAUAUUCUAGAGCCUCCCUCAGGGAUAGUCAUAGAAGUCCUAAUGAGCCUGGAAACUGCAAUGGGGAAAGUGAAGAAAGGGCAUAUCGGUCAUUGCGACUGGAAGAUGUGGAUAGAAAUGAUGAUGUGUCAGAGACGUCCAUGUUAGACUCCAUGUCAGGCUUGGACAUAACACCUGAUGAUGUUGUGGGAGUAAUGGGUCAGAAGCACUUCUGGAAAGCGAGAAGAGCAAUUGCCAAUCAACAGAGGGUUUUUGCUGUUCAAGUCUUCGAGUUGCAUAGAUUGAUAAAGGUUCAGAAGUUGAUCGCCGGUUCACCACAUCUGAUGCUUGAAGAUUAUCCUUAUUUAGGCAAACAAUCUACGAAGGUUCCCACUAAAAAGCUGCCUUCCGACUACAUUGUAAAAUCUCAACUGCACAUCAGUAAGCCAAAAGACGACUCUCAGAAGCCAAGCCAGAGCACCGGCUGCCCGACUGAGAGUGCAGGUGGGAAGCCUCCACUUCCUCCUGUCAAUGGCGGGGUCAGAAAUGGACUUAGUCAAAUUUCAAGUCCUGGAAAUCCCCCACCACCAGCAGCUGUGGCUGCUGAUAACAAGCCCGGGCCAUGGUGUUUUCACCCACCUGGUAACCAAUGGCUGGUUCCCAUCAUGUCCCCAUCAGAAGGUCUUGUUUACAAGCCGUAUACUGGGCCCUGUCCCCCGACUGGCAGUUUCAUGGCUCCAGUUUACAGUGGCUGUGGCCCGGUUAGUGUACCUCCUGUCCCAGCCUAUGGGGUGCUGGCUUCUCACCAACAACCAGGGGUUGGGGUUAUUUCUGGCGCACCUGCUGUGGCUCCGAACUACUUUCCUUCUUACGGCUUGCCAGUUGUGAACCCAGUUAUACCUACCUCAUCUGUGGAACACGUGAAUCCAUUGGGUGGGGCCCAGCCACAUGGGCAAGCUGAACAGAUAUCAACGCGAGAUGUCACCUUCAACAUGCAGUCGGGGAGCUCGUGUAACUUAGCAAACCAGAAUACCGAAUCUUUCUCAUGUUGUGUUAGGAAGAUCCAAACAUCGAAAGGCAGCGAAGUCCAAGGGAGCACGGCGAGCAGUCCCAGUGAUUGGGAGAAAAGGGCCAGCCAUGUCGUGGGAGGAAGGGAUGUGCUGCCACUUUUUCCCAUGGCUCAAUUGGAGGGUUCAGGCCAGACCCAGCAUGCCCACAGUACUGACCAGCAGGCUAGCGUGAUCAAGGUCGUGCCGCACAAUCCAAGGUCUGCAACUGAGUCAGCGGCACGGAUUUUCCAGUCUAUACAGCAAGAACGGCAACAGUAUGACUCACUGUAACUCUGGAGGUAAUCUUAUCUUUAUAAGAUUGCGUGACAGAUCACAUGAAAGUAAAUGUGCCUAAUCAUAAUCAUGAUCUGCUGUUGUGCAUUUGAUAUUUGUAUCUGGGUUUUCCCAGUCUGUUUUUAUGUUAUUUGAAUGUAAAUGUAUUACUGUAUGAUCCAAUAAUAAUAAUAAUAAUAAUAAUAAUAAAUCAAUAUUCUAUGGCAA